AGUAAGGAAGUCAACAACCGCACGCAAAGAAGAAGCGGUUCCAGAAAUAGGAAUCAGAUCACAAAAUCAAUAGUGGCGCUCUGUGUUGCGUGCUAAGCUGAUGGCGGAGUGUGCGGCGAGGAAGUCCGGGGUGCCGGUGUUCGUGAUGAUGCCGCUGGACACGGUGAAGACUUGCUGCGGGAGCGGCCUGAACCACCGCAAGACCAUGGCGCGGGAUCUGGCGGCGCUCCAGAGCGCGGGCGUGGAGGGGAUCAUGGUGGACGUGUGGUGGGGGAUCGUGGAGGGCGAGGAGCCGGAGAUGUACAACUUCGACGGGUACAUGAAGCUCGUCGGGAUGGCGCGCGACGCCGGGCUCAAGGUCCAGGCCGUCAUGUCCUUCCACCAGUGCGGCGGGAACGUCGGCGACACCGUCAACAUUCCUCUGCCGCAGUGGGUGGUGGAGGAGAUGGAUAAGGACCAGGAUCUCGCCUACACUGACCAAUGGGGACGCCGGAGCUACGAGUACGUCUCGCUCGGCUGCGACGACAUGCCCGUCCUCCAGGGCCGCACGCCCGUCCAGUGCUACACUGACUUCAUGAGCGCCUUCCGCGACCACUUCGCCGCCUUCCUCGGCAACACCAUCGUCGAAAUCCAAGUCGGCAUGGGCCCGGCCGGCGAGCUGCGGUACCCGUCGUACCCGGAGAGCGAGGAGACCUGGAAAUUCCCCGGCAUCGGCGCCUUCCAAUGCUACGACAAGUACAUGCUCAGCAAUCUGGCGACAGCAGCGGCCACGGCCGGCAAUCCGGAUUGGGGCCUUGGUGGCCCGACGGACGCCGGCGACUACAACAGCUGCCCGGACGACACGGACUUCUUCCGUCAGGACGGCGGCGGCUGGGGCACCGAGUACGGGCAGUUCUUCAUGGCGUGGUACUCGCGGAUGCUCCUGGAGCACGGCGACCGCGUCCUGUCCGGCGCGGCGUCCGUGUUCGGCCACGCGCCCGGCGUCCACCUCUCGGCCAAGGUCGCCGGCAUCCACUGGCACUACGGCACAGAGUCUCACGCGCCCGAGCUCACCGCGGGGUACUACAACACGCAGCACCGCGACGGGUACCUGCCGAUCGCGCGCGUGCUGGGCCGCCACGGCGCGGUGCUCAACUUCACCUGCGUCGAGAUGCGCGACCACGAGCAGCCGCAGGACGCGCGCUGCCAGCCGGAGUGCCUGGUGCGGCAGGUGGCCGCGGCUGCCCGUGAGGCUGGCGUCGGCCUGGCCGGGGAGAACGCGCUGCCCCGGUACGACGAGGCGGCGCACGACCAGGUGGUUGCCACCGCCCAGGAGGAACAGAUGGUGGCCUUCACGUACCUUCGCAUGGGGCCCGACCUGUUCCAGGCCGAGAACUGGAGCCGGUUCGCCGUGUUCGUGAAACGGAUGAGCGAUGCCGGUUCCUCGCCUCCUCGGUCGCGGCAAAAGACCACCAAAGACGAAGCAGUCUCAGUGUAGGGCUGACAGACUCA